UUUGGGUAAUUUUCCACAAAUAGAAGGGUAUGUUCAUCCUUAUCGUUCCUUGUCCUUCUAUAAAUAGAUUUUGGAAGUAUUUUCAGAUUUGUGUUUCGCUCUGAUCCGCCGUCCGACUCCUUCUCGGACACAAUCUCUUUGUUUCAAUAAUUUGAUACAAGUUUGAUCGAUCGAUCGAUUUGGUUUUCUCCGAUUUCCGGUUCCGAUCGAUCCAGAACAUACUGCUUUUUUCUCUGAUCAAUCAGAUCCUUAGCUGUUGAGAUGGCGUCAACAGCUGGAACCACAGGAUGGUUAAGAGGAAAAGUUAAAGCUGUUCCUUCUGGUGAUAGUUUGGUGAUAAUGGGGAGCACCAAAGCGGAAAUUCCCCCUGAGAAGACAAUUACUCUGUCAUCCCUUAUUGCCCCUAGAUUGGCUCGUAGAGGCGGUAUUGACGAGUCAUUUGCCUGGGAGAGCAGAGAGUAUUUAAGGAAGCUUUGUAUAGGAAAGGAUGUCACUUUCAGAGUGGAUUAUACUGUGCCUGCCAUAGGGCGAGAAUUCGGCUCAGUUUUCCUCGGCGAUAAGAAUGUCUCAUUGAUGGUUGUUGCUGGAGGCUGGGCAAAGGUUAGGGAGCAGGGUCAACAGAAAGGAGAAGCUAGUCCUUUCUUAGCGGAACUGCUACGCCUUGAAGAGCAAGCCAAACAACAAGGGUUAGGACGUUGGAGCAGGGCACCAGGAGCUUCUGAGGCAGCCAUAAGGAACUUACCUCCCUCAGCUGUUGGUGAUUCCGGUAACUUGGAUGCAAUGGGCCUCCUCGCUUCAAACAAGGGUAGGCCCAUGGAAGCUAUUGUGGAGCAAGUUCGUGAUGGAAGCACUCUUCGUGUCUACUUACUUCCAGACUUCCAGUUUGUCCAAGUGUUUGUUGCCGGAAUCCAGGCACCAUCAAUGGGAAGAAGGGCUGCAUUGGAAACUACUGUUGGAAUUGAAGUGAGCUCUGAUGAGCCAAAUGGGGAAGCUUCUGCUGAGCCUAAUGCCCCCUUAACCUCAGCACAGAGACUUGCAGCCUCAUCAGCAUCCUCCUCUGAAGUUUCUCCAGAUCCAUUUGGAAGGGAGGCCAAACAUUUUACGGAGAUUCGUGUACUAAAUAGAGAUGUCCGUAUUGUCCUGGAGGGUGUUGACAAAUUCAGCAAUUUGAUUGGUUCUGUGUAUUAUCCGGAUGGUGAAUCAGCAAAGGACCUCGCGCUGGAGCUCAUUGAGAAUGGCUUAGCUAAAUAUGUUGAGUGGAGUGCAAGCAUGAUGGAGGAAGAUGCCAAGCGGCAGCUGAAGUCUGCAGAACUUCAAGCAAAAAAGACCCGGUUGAGGAUUUGGACAAACUAUAUUCCUCCUGCUACUAAUUCAAAGGCAAUUCAUGACCAGAAUUUCACAGGAAAGGUCGUUGAGGUUGUAAGUGGGGAUUGCAUCAUUGUAGCUGAUGAUUCUGUCCCGUAUGGAAGUCCAUUAGCAGAGCGACGAGUCAAUCUCUCAAGUAUCAGAUGUCCCAAAAUGGGAAACCCUCGUAGAGAUGAAAAACCUGCUCCCUAUGCCCGUGAAGCAAAAGAUCUUCUUCGACAACGUCUCAUUGGUCGUCAGGUAAAUGUUCAAAUGGAAUAUUCCAGGAAGGUCAUCCCGUCAGAUGCAGCUGCUGCUGCAGGUGGACCUACAGAUUCAAGGGUGAUGGAUUUUGGAUCAGUUUUCCUGCCAUCUCCCGGUAAGGGUGAAGGUGAUGAUGCCUCUACGCCUGCUCCACCUACUGGAACCAACCAGCAGGCAGGUUUAAAUGUUGCCGAGCUGUUGGUUUCCCGUGGCUAUGGCACUGUAAUUAGGCAUCGAGAUUUUGAGGAAAGAUCAAACUAUUAUGAUGCCCUUCUCUCUGCUGAAUCCCGUGCCAUCGCUGGGAAGAAGGGGAUCCAUUCUACCAAGGAUUCUGCACCAACGCAUAUAGCAGACCUGACCACGGGUUCAGCGAAGAAAACUAAAGAUUUCUUGCCAUUUCUGCAACGAAAAAGGUUGCCUGCUGUUGUGGAAUAUGUCCUCAGUGGACAUCGGUUUAAACUGUUUGUUCCCAAGGAGACUUGCAGCAUUAUGUUUUCCUUCUCUGGUGUUAGAUGCCCUGCCCGAGAAGAGCCUUUUUCUGAUGAAGCAAUUGCGCUUAUGAGACGAAAGAUAAUGCAGAGGGAUGUUGAGAUUGAAGUGGAAACUGUUGAUAGAACUGGAACUUUCUUGGGAUCUUUGUGGGAGUCAAAGACUAAUAUGGCAGUGACACUUUUGGAAGCUGGCCUGGCAAAGCUUCAAAUGUCCUUUGGCACUGAUAGGAUCCCAGAUGCUCAUCUUCUUAUGCAGGCUGAGCAGUCUGCUAAAAGGCAGAAGUUAAAAAUAUGGGAGAACUUUGUUGAAGGAGAGGAAGUUUCCAAUGGUGCUGUUGCUGAAAGAAAACAUAAAGAAGAGCUGAAGGUAACUGUUACCGAAGUUUUGGGUGGAGGCAAAUUUUAUGUCCAAGUUGUUGGAGAUCAGAAAGUGUGCUCCAUUCAACAGCAGUUAGCUUCUCUGAGCAUUCAAGAAGCUCCUGUCAUUGGUGCCUUUAAUCCUAAAAAGGGUGACAUUGUCCUUGCCAAGUUUAGUGCAGAUGAUUCAUGGAAUCGGGCAAUGAUUGUAAAUGCACCUCGGGCAGCUGUUGAAUCACCAAAGGACAAGUUUGAAGUGUUCUACAUUGAUUAUGGAAAUCAAGAGGUUGUUCCUUACAGUGAUUUGCGACCACUUGAUCCGUCAGUGUCCUCUGCCCCAGGCAGUGCUCAGUUAUGCAGCCUUGCCUACGUAAAGAUCCCAAGCUUGGAGGAGGACUAUGGGCAAGAAGCGGCUGUGCAUCUGAGCGAGCACACACUAAAUGGUCCAAAAGAAUUCAAGGCCGUAAUUGAGGAAAGGGAUACUUCUGGAGGAAAAGUGAAAGGGCAGGGAACUGGGACUAUCCUCAUGGUCACUUUGAUCGAUACAGAAACUGAUUCCAGUAUAAAUGCGGCACUGCUCAAGGACGGGCUUGCUAGACUGGAGAAAAGGAAAAGGUGGGAGCCAAAGGAAAAACAAGCUGCCCUGGAUGAGUUGGAAAAAUUCCAGGAAGAAGCAAAGAGUAAGAGGCUAGGGAUGUGGGAAUAUGGAGACAUUCAGUCAGAUGAUGAAGACACUGGUCCACCUGUUAGAAAGGCUGCCGGGAAGCGAUAAACACACUUACUUUGCUGACCUUGGGUAAGGUAGAUUUGCCAAAACCAAACCUGCAGCCUAAGAAGAGUUAAGCUAUAGUCAGUCGUUCUAGAGGAACAGAGACAGAAAACAAUGCGACUUAAAAGUUGCUUUAAAUUAGUUUUGUUUUGCUUUGAACUUUUUCUUCCUUCUUUUUUUCUUCUGUUUUUUUAUUUGUUAAAUUGAGAAAAUUUUCAUCAGGAGUUUGAGGCUGACAAUUUUUUUAAAUUUGUUUUUGUUUAUUUAUACAACUCUCAAUAAGGCAAAUUCCAUAAAGCCAGUCCAGUCUCUUUGUGGGGAUGUACAAUUUUUUUCCUCAGUUUAUCAAGCGUGCAAGGUCUUUUUGUUCA